UUACGUUGCAGUUGUACCAUCGUUUAUAUUCUUUAUUUACAAAUUGGCAAUUUUCAGAACCAUUGUCUGAACUUAAAGCAUUUUAAAUACAUUCCCAAGUCAUGGCAGACACCCCGGAACCUCAGGCAGCCCUGACAACAUCCACGCCCGACAAGGACAAGGAUAAGAUUUGUGUCCUGUUGAACGCCACCGGCAAUGUACCGAUCAUCAAGAAGCGCACCUGGACCGUGGACCCCAACAAGACUGUUAGCUGGAUCCAAAAGUUUAUCCACAAGUACCUCAAACUGGACGCCAACGAGCAGAUUUUUCUGUACGUUAACCAGACUUUCGCCCCCGCUCCGGAUCAGAUAAUCAAGAACCUGUACGAGUGCCAUGGCACCAAUGGGAAACUGGUGCUCUACUACUGCAAGAAUCAGGCGUGGGGCUAAAUCGAUACGCACUCUUGACUUGGCUAAAACUUAAGUAUUUAUUCGACUACUGUGUAAAUUGUAUAUUAGUUAAGGUGAAUAAUCAGCUGAUGUUGCGAAUUCAAA